GCAGGGGGCGUGGCCCGCGCGGGGCCGGGGGAGGGGAGGCGGGCAAGAUGGCGCCCGGUGACUAAAUUCUCCUUAAUCUCUCCGGCGGUUGCUGAGGAACCGGGGUGGGGGGUUCUGCCUCGACUCCCUCCGUUCCUCCUCUCCCCCGCCCCUGGAAGUCUCCUCCGCUUCCUCACUCCACCUCGGGGGGCCGGGCCUGCUUCCCGGGACACCAUGUCGGACUCUGAGGAGGAGAGCCAGGACCGGCAACUGAAAAUCGUCGUGCUGGGGGACGGCACCUCCGGGAAGACCUCCUUAGCUACGUGUUUUGCUCAAGAAACUUUUGGGAAACAGUACAAACAAACUAUAGGACUGGAUUUCUUUUUGAGAAGGAUAACAUUGCCAGGAAACUUGAACGUUACUCUUCAAGUUUGGGAUAUAGGAGGACAGACAAUUGGAGGCAAAAUGUUGGAUAAAUAUAUCUAUGGGGCACAGGGGGUCCUUUUGGUAUAUGAUAUUACAAAUCAUCAAAGCUUUGAGAAUUUGGAAGAUUGGUAUACUGUGGUGAAGAAAGUGAGUGAGGAGUCGGAAACUCAGCCACUGAUUGCCUUAGUUGGAAAUAAAAUCGAUUUGGAGCACAUGCGAACAGUAAAACCUGAAAAACACUUACGGUUUUGCCAGGAAAAUGGUUUCAGUAGUCACUUUGUCUCUGCCAAGACAGGAGACUCUGUCUUCCUGUGUUUUCAGAAAGUCGCUGCUGAAAUCCUUGGAAUCAAAUUAAACAAAGCAGAAAUAGAACAGUCACAGAGGGUGGUGAAGGCAGACAUUGUAAACUACAACCAGGAGCCUCUGUCAAGAACUGUUAACCCUCCCAGAAGCUCCAUGUGUGCAGUCCAGUGACUGCGUUCUCCUCUGUGUCGUCCGUAGCUCUGGCCGCCCUUUACCUCUGGGUGGGCCUGUGGACUUCUGGGAACCUGCUUUCUCAGUGACCAUCUCUAGUUCAGUUAACACUUUCCUCCCACCUUCCUUCAUCAGUGAGUGUUGCCUCACAGCUGCAGCUCCUUGGAGUCUAAAGAAUCCAUCUUUGGGACCAUACACUUUGAACUGAAAGCGCAGAGCCCAUUCUCUGGACUUAGAUCGCUUCAUCGAGGAAGGACGAUGUUGCUUCUCUGUGUGUCCUCGCUGCUUUUCUCCCCAAUGUAAUUUUUUUUAACAAUAUAUGAAAACUCUCCAAGUCUUGACCGUCAGCCGGGAUUUUGCCACACACAGUUCCAUGCUUUUAUCUGAAUUCACACAUGUUGAAGUAUCUUCCAGAGUGCAGACAUCAAACAAGUAACAGGUUUCACUACAGGUACUCGGGAAGGCGUUCUCUUGCUGUCUGUUGUAAGUGAAAAUGUAUAAAGCUGUAUGUAACUGAAAAUGCUUGAAAUAAGGCUGUAACAGAAAUAUUUUUUCAUUUUUUAAAAAGGGGCCUAAAUUGUUUCUACAGUAGUUUGUAACUCACAAAGCGGUGAGUAUUUGAUAUUGUAUUUUUAUUACUGUAUCAUGUUCAUUACGCAUCGUAUAAUGCCCACGUCCGACGGCUCUAUGAAUUCUGAGUUCCACCGGACUCUCUCCUGCAGACUGUGUGAGGGCACUCCCAGAAUGAGCUAGGACCGGCUCUGGGUCACUGUGGGCCGAUGGUACCUGACGUUCAGAUGCUUUUCUCUCACAAAUAAAUUUAUUUAAAUUAC